AUGGCUACUACUGUCCAGAAGUUCAAACUUGUAUUCAAUGUUCCAGUCUCUAGCCUCGAGGCAUGCAAAACCGCCAUCUUUGCUGCCGGAGCUGGCCGCUUUCCCGGGCCGGGGAACUACACAGAAUGCUGCUUCACCACCAUGGGCACUGGCCAGUUCCGACCGGGAGAUAAGGCGAAUCCUCAUCUCGGCACAGUUGGGAACCUCGAGUACGUGGAGUCGGCAAGGGUUGAGACCCUGUGUGUUGGCGAGGACACUGUGAGAAAGGCGGUUGAAGCCCUGAAAGUUGCUCAUCCGUACGAGGAACCUUCAUACGAUGUGUACAAGAUGGAAAACUUCUGA